GGCCACCGUCGUUGGCUUCUCCUCUUCUCUCCCUGGUUCUCUCCUAACCCUAGCUGGCUAGCUGGCUGAGUAAGACUAGCGAGAUGCAGCCCACUACGCGGGAAAUGCAAGCCAUGGCGGCGGCGGCGCAGAUCUCCUCCCUGGAGGAGCUUCGCAACGGGCAUGCCGGGGCCGCCGCCAAUGCCGCCGGCGGCGUCCACGACGACUUCUUUGACCAGAUGCUCAGCAGCCUGCCGCCCUCUGCGUGGCCCGACCUCGCCGCCGCCGCCAAGGCAGCCGAGGACGACGCCGAGGGGAUGCACCAGCAGCAGCAGCAGCAGUUUGGUGGGCCGUACGACGAGUCGGCGAUGCUGGCGUCGCGGCUCCGGCAGCACCAGAUCAGCGGCGGCGGGGGCGGGGGAGGAGGAGGAGGAAGCGCGGCCGCCGUGAAGCAGAUGGUGCUGCAGCAGCUCGCCGAUCUGAGGCAGGGCCACCACAUGAUGCUCCAGGGCUUGGGACGCUCGCCGGCCGGCGCCGGCGCCGGCGACGGCCUGCUCCUCCCGCUCACCCUCGGCAACGGCGGAUCGGGCGGCGACGUCCAGGCCUUGCUCAAGGCGGCCGCAGCAAAUUCCGCCGGAGGAGGAGACGCCGGCGUCUACGGCGGCUUCGCCGGCUCGCUCCAGCAACAGCAGCACCAACAUUUCCAGCCUCACCAUCCUCAGGCGGCGCCGACGAUGCCAACGCAGAGCUUCGGCGGCGGAGGUGGCGGCACGGCGCAGCCGCAGGCCGGCACAGCAGCUGGCGGAGGCGCACCGGCGCCGCCGCGGCAGCGCGUGCGCGCGCGGCGAGGCCAGGCCACCGACCCCCACAGCAUCGCCGAGCGGCUUCGGAGAGAGAGGAUCGCCGAGAGGAUGAAGGCCUUGCAAGAACUGGUUCCCAACGCCAACAAGACGGACAAGGCGUCGAUGCUGGACGAGAUCAUCGACUACGUCAAGUUCUUGCAGCUCCAAGUCAAGGUGCUGAGCAUGAGCCGGCUAGGUGGCGCGGCGGCCGUGGCGCCGCUCGUGGCCGACAUGUCCUCGGAGGGGCGAGGCGGCGCGGCGAACGGCGGAGCACCGGCGGCGGCGGGGAGCGACAGCCUGACGGUGACGGAGCAGCAGGUGGCCAAGCUGAUGGAGGAGGACAUGGGCACGGCCAUGCAGUACCUGCAGGGGAAGGGGCUCUGCCUCAUGCCCAUCUCCCUCGCGUCCGCCAUCUCCUCGGCGACGUGCCAUCUCCGGCCGCCCGUCGUCGCGGCGCAACACAUCCCACCGGGGCUCGGCGCAGCCGCGGCGCACCACCACCACCACCAACUGACCGCCGCCGCCGCGGCCAUGCGCCACCUUCCCGGCCUGAACGCCGACGGCUCCGUGCCGGCCUCCCCGAGCAUGUCGGUGCUCACGGCGCAGUCGGCCAUGGCCAACGGCGGCGGCGGGUGCGGCGGCGGCGCCGACGCCGAGGGGUCGCAGCCCAAGGACGCCGCCUCCGUCUCCAAGCCGUGAGCCCGGUGGCCGCCGCCGUCUCAACUAACGGCGAAACCCUCGACCGGCGACGGAGUCAACGAAGUCAGCGGCUCGGUCUCCCUCCAUCGCUUCCGCGGCCCGCAUCUACAUAGAGCGGUGGGCUCCGCUGGACGGGCCCACGCACUCUCCUGAGGGCCCACGGGCCUCUGGCCCACCUGCGGCUGCAGCCACGGGCUCCACUUUUUUCUUUUUAUUUUCUAUUUCUUCUUAGUGUUACCAUUAUUUCCUAUCCUUUUUUUCUGUUAAAUAUUUAAUUAGCUUGUUGUUUAAUUUAAGUACAUAGUAAUCCAGGUCUGGUUCUUCUGGCUUUGUACCAGCUUUAGCCUUUCUUUCCUCUCCAUCUGCAUCAACUUUUCCCCUCUCUUUUCCCUUUUUUUUCUCUCCCUCCCUGCUUUGCUUGGCCCAACUUUUCGUUUAGUUUACACACAAGUUUGUCCUUUGCGGUUGGAAGGGAAUUUGGUCUCCUUGCUUUAGUUGCUAACCUAGUGCCAUUCAAAUUUUUAUU